AUGGAUGCAGCAAACUCAACCAUGACAUUCACGUCGUAUCUCAUUCCAGCUGUGAAUGCCUAUGCCUCUGCUCCAAUCUCUUGGUCUAUAUACGCGCUUGCGGCUGCUUUGGUUGCCGUUUCGUGGAAGCUCAGAAGGAGCUUUGCGCAAAGUCCUUCCAGCGUACCGAUCGUCAACGGGAGAGGCGAAGCCCUGCCUCACGCGGACGAAGACACGCGUUUCUCGCGGUUUAGUCAUGGCAAGGAGAUAGGUGACCAGUUGCUGAAGGAGCUGGGCCCUAUAUACACGUUCCAGGCGGGCAAAAUCCGUGAGCUUGUCCUGACGUCGCCAGAGGAUAUUAAAGUGUACUACAAGGAUGCAUUGGGGCGGGACGAGGAUAAGGCUCACAAGAAAGCCUUGGGCGCUAGCUUCGGAGACUAUAUGACACGAUUCUUGAGCAAGGCUGUAGGAUUUCAGUAUGGUUACUCCUGGAAACGCAUCAGGAACUCCUUGGAUCCGCAUUUUGUACGAAAAAUGGCCCUAGAUGCGAUUCCGUACAUGAAGUCGGACUUCGUCGAAUGGAUUGUCGCACUGCGCUCCAGCCCCCAAGCGACCGCGAUGGGACCAAAUCCCUCUGAUCCAUUUGAAAUCCAGGCUAUUGCAGCCACGAAAGAGCUGCCGUUCAAGGUCAUCUCAAAAUCGACUUACGGAGAGACCUUGACACCCGAUUGGUACGCAAGGCUGUGGGCACUCCAUCCGAUUCAUGAUGAAUGUAUGGCAAAUGCGAUCGGAAAUUCGUAUGCGACCCACUGGUGGUACCGCUUCAUGCCCACGGCAGCGAACCAGAGCCUUCGUGCGUUCAAGGACGGCUAUAAGUCAUUUAACCGGGAGAUCGUUGCUGAAUCUGAAAAGCGUGGACACGACACUGUGGCUGCACGGAUGUAUACAUCUGUUGUUGAUGGACUCAUCUCAGAAGACGAGUUCCACCAAACUCUGGAUGAGAUCCUGUUCGCCAACAUUGAUGUCACGUCCGUCGCACAGGCGUGGCUGCUUGUCGACCUCGGACUCUACCCAGAGAUACAGGAAGAAGUGCGUGCUGAGGUACUGGCAGUCGACGAGUCCAAUCCGAAGGCGCUCGAGACUUACCUCUCAUCUACCACGAAUCUUCUACACCUCGUGCACUCCGAGUCCGCACGACUGCAUCCCGUGCUAUGGUACAACAUCCCCGAAGUGAUAUCCGUCGAUAAGACAAUCAGCGGGUACCGUGUGCCCCGCGGAACGUCCGUGUGCGUGUCUACUUAUCAUCUGAACACGAACCCCUCCGUAUGGGGCACGGACGCGCAGACUUUCCGCCCCUCCCGCUUCACCGAGAUGCUGCCCAACAAGUACCGCCAUGCGUUUUGGCGCUACGGCCUUGGUCCACGCCAGUGCCUCGGAAAGAACUUCGCGCUGCUCAUUGUCAAGCUCGUCGCGAUGAAGGCGCUGAGGAAGUACCGCAUCGAAACUAUUGGGGAGAUCGGGUUUGAUAAGGCACAAUUCACUGUCACGCCACAGGCGCUCUUAAGAUUCACACCUUUGUGA